GGAGAGGGAAGGAAGGGAAGGAGCGAGCGGGAGCCAGGAGCGGCGAGCUGGGGGCGGAGACGAGGAAGUGGGUGCGAGGCGCAGGGCGCGGGCGGGCGGGAGCGCCGCCCGCUCCAUCCCUGCCCGGAGCGCAGCCGGCGCGGGCGCAGGACGGAGGCGAGCCCGAGCGGAGCCACCUCGGCGGCAGCAGCUCCAGCUCACGCUCUCCAGUGGACCCUAGAGGGCAAGGCAGCCGUGCCGGACCCCCAUCACGUGGAUGGGGGCAGCUAUCCGUCAUGGAGAAGGCUGCAGCCAUAGCGCCACAUGAGACCUCCCCAAUAAAACCAAAGCCACCUCCAGACUCACGCCCCAGUGCCUCAGUUUCCAUGCAACAGCCUGAGAGUGGAGCUGCGUUCAGCCCUGGGAGGAAGCCGGCUCUGUUGGAGGCGGUUUGAAGACUGUGGCUUGAACCAGGAAACUCGCUUCGAGAACUAGAUGUCCCUCAUCUUCCUUCCUACUCAUGCCCCCCACCUUCUUGGAGAUCAUCUUAUUUAUUCUAGAAAAAACAGCACUAGCUUGGUCCCUGGAGCCUCCCCACAUUUGGAUACUUCUCUCAGCUCUGGUGGGCAGCCUGGAGCCCAGCGGUGGACAUAAUUGAUCUGCUGGGGAGCUGGAAGAGGAGCAGCCACGGGCCCGGGGCGGGGUGGGGGUGCACAGGGGAAGGAGCUGUAGGGACCCAGGAUGGCGUCCAAUGGCACAGCCUCUUCCUCUUGUCUGGACCCCGCCGCGUUCAAGGUCACCGUCACCGUAGUCCUCACCCUCCUCAUCCUCAUCACCAUCGCUGGCAACGUGGUCGUCUGCCUGGCGGUGGGCUUGAACCGCCGGCUCCGCAGCCUGACCAACUGCUUCAUCGUGUCCCUGGCCAUCACCGACUUGCUCCUCGGCCUGCUGGUGCUGCCCUUCUCUGCCUUCCACCAGCUGUCGUGCCAGUGGGGCUUCGGCAAGGUCUUCUGCAACAUCUACACCAGCCUGGACGUCAUGCUCUGCACGGCCUCCAUCCUCAACCUCUUCAUGAUCAGCCUGGACAGGUACUGCGCCGUCACGGACCCCCUGCGCUACCCCGUGCUGGUCACCCCGCUCCGGGUCGCCGUCUCCCUCGUCUUAAUCUGGGUCAUCUCCAUCACCCUGUCCUUCCUGUCCAUCCACCUGGAAUGGAACGGCAGGCCUGAGAACCGCAGUGACAGCCACGCCGUCCCCAAGUGCAAAGUCCAGGUAAACCUGGUGUACGGCCUGGUGGAUGGGCUGGUCACCUUCUACCUGCCGCUGCUCGUCAUGUGCGUCACGUACUACCGCAUCCUCAGGAUCGCCCGGGAGCAGGCCAGGAGGAUCCGCAACGUGGGCCCGUGGAGGGCAGCCACGCUCAGGGAGCACAAGGCCACGGCGACGCUGGCUGCCGUCAUGGGGGCCUUCGUCGUCUGCUGGCUGCCGUACUUCACCGUGUUCAUCUACCGGGGGCUGCGGGGGGACAGCGCUGUCGACAAGACCGUGGAAGACGUGGUCCUGUGGCUGGGCUAUGCCAACUCGGCCCUGAACCCCGUGCUGUACGCCGCGCUCAACAGAGACUUCCGCACGGCCUACCAGCAGCUCUUCCGCUGCAGCCCCGCCGGCCACGACGCCCGCAGGACUUCGCUGGGGUCCAACAGCUCUCAGCUGGUGAGGCGUCCGGGCCGGGAACCCAGGUGGCCGGAAGAGAGGCCCCUGAGGCUCCAGGUGUGGAGCGGGACUGAGGUCACGGCCCCCCAGGGCGCCGCAGACAGGGCUGGAAGAAAGACCAAAGGCAUUCAUGUCUGGCCUAGAACAGAAGCUUAGAGCACAGUGCUGAGGUGUAAGACUCUGUUUCAUUCUGCUCUGCGUGCCCGUAGGCCACCACUUAACAGAUGGUGGGGAAACGUACAUUUUCCAGGUCAGGGGAUCUCAGUCACUUCCAGUGGUAACCAUGGUGACUUUGGAAGUGGAACCCCACCAACGCAAGAGUCCCUUCCCUGCCUGCUCCUUCCCUGCAGGGUAAGCUAAGCUCCCGGGGGCUGUCUGGCCCCCACAGAGUCUGUCUUCAUCUGUGGCGCCCACGCCAUGCCUGCUCCAGGCCCUCCGGCAUUGCUGAGGACCAGCCACAUCCUCCCACGGGCCUUGGCCUCUACCACAGGCCCCCACGUCACCCGGCAGGAAGGCCCCAAGGCCCAACUGCACACUGAGACUCACUGUAGGUCUGGGGGAAUUUAAGGGCCUUCUGCACCCCCUUGGGAGCAGAGGAACUGGGGUGCAGAGUUCCGUGAAGCCUCCUCUCUGCCAUGUCUGCAGGCGAUCCCCCCUCACCUCACCUCCAAUGAGCAUUCUGACCCCAAAGGAGGGGCUGGGUCCAGGGCCCACUCUAGCAGGGAACUGACACCCAACCUCCUCUCUGGGUUGGGGGAGCUGCUCUUAACAAGGCUCCUGAAGGCUGGAUGCCCUCGGACACUCCCACAUGGCUCUGUUUCCCUUCUGGAUCGUGGCCUGAAUGGCAGGAUAACCAGCCCAGGUGAGAACCCAAGCAAGCCCAGUGCAUCUCCAAACAGCGUCCCCACUGCCCUGCCAGAGACACAGCGCCCAGGUGCCAGUGCGUCUCCAAACAGCGUCCCCCCUGCCCUGCCAGAGACACAGCGCCCAGCCGACACACCGGCCUGCAGUCAGCAACGGGCUGCAGAUGGUGAUGACCAGUACCCCCGCUGCCCUGCCAGGGGCUGAGGCUGAUAGCGCCUGACAGCGCCUGACUGCCUGGGAGCUGGCUGACCUCAGGCAGGCUACCUCUCCAUGCCUCCAUUCCUUCAAGUGUUAAAUGGACACGGGGCAGGUGCCCAUUUCAAAUGGGAGUUGCAGGGCUUCGCGGAGAGAACAGACCCACAGGCCCUGAGAACAGAGUCGCUCACUGCCGUCCUGGUGGGGGAGGGGUUGCCCGCGGAGCCUGAGACAGGCUGAAAUGUUCCCCCGUGUUUGUAUUUUGCCCUUGUCUAGGCAUUAUUUUUGCUAUUAUAAGCAAUCCUGUGAUGAACAUCUCCAUGCAAAGAACAUUUUGUUUCUUUCUGAUUAUUUCCCUAGAAACUGAAUUUCUGGAACCAGAAUUACUGGUGAAAGGGGAGGGAUAUUUUCGGCCUGUUACACUUUGCUUAAUUGUUUUCUAGCUUGGCUGUGCAGCGCAGGGGAGGGGGUCGCUGUCAGCCACUUCUGACCGUGCAGCGGGGAGGGCCCUGGAGCCGCUGUGAGGGGGGCUCACGAGGACAGAGGGCCUCCUCAGCAAGGAGGAGAGGGCUCUGCCAUUUAGCCUGGACAGGGGCGAGAGAGGAGGGGAGCAGAAUGCGCUGAGGAGGAGCCAUCAGGGUGCCCACAUCCAGGGCUUGAGCUCUUCAGAGACUAGAGAUUGUACAACGUGUGAGUUGAGAGUUACGUUUUAUUCGGGCAAAAUGAAGACUGUAGCCGGCAGGACAGCAUUUCAGACAGCUCUGAGAAGCUUCUCCAAAGAGGCAGAGGGGAAGGUCAGAAUGUGAUUCUGGUGAAGGGAGUGCACCUGCAGUCAAGCACAAUUCUUUUUUUUGCAGAAGGGUUCUGCUAGUCACGAGGAGCACUAUCACCACGAAGGAUUUCAGGGCUUUCUAGACAUGAGGAGAUGCAAGAAGGAGGCUCACGGAAUCGGCUCCUGAGAGUGUCCAUCUGAACACCUGUUCUGCCAGUUUUUCCCAGGGCAGAGUGCCUCAGUGACUUUCAGAGUUGCCUCGGGUACCAUGGGUUCUUUGUCCAUGGCAUCCACUGGCGUGAGUUGGGGGGAAGGCGGGGGAGGGGGUUACUUCAGUUUUUAAUAAAAACGCCAGUUUCAGGCUGAGGAUUGAGCCAGCCAGGCAGUCUCACAUGGAGGUUACUGGAGGGCUGGAGCACCUGGGCCGGGUGAACACCAGCUCCCCCCAGGACUGGGGAGGCCUGAGCAGGGCCCAUUGGACGGGGCGGAUCCAAGGCGGGGAACUCCAGUGGGCGGCAGAGCUGCGCUCUCUCAAGCCGCCUCCACUUACUUGCUGUGCUAGUGACUGAAGGGUUUUGGGAACUCCCUGCACUGCUGGAGGUACGAGUAUCAUAGUAUCAAACAUACCACAUGGAUACUAUGAGAGCUGUGUUAAGGCUGACCUGUGAUCACUCCCAUCCUCUAUUAUUCUGCCGCCUCAUUUAUCAGCAGAGGCAGAGGAAGGGUUGAGCGGAAGGAGGGCUUGCCACGCCUUUAUGUGUCCUUGAAGCAGCAAAACCAGUGUGCUGUGACAUGCCCAGCGCUCCUUACCAGCUGUGUGACCUCAGAUGGGUUUCCUAACCUCUCUGUGCCUUUGUUUCCCCCUCCAUCAAAUAGAGGUGGAUGUGUGAAUUAAACUGAGCCACUAUUGACAAAAUGCCCAGAGCUGGGCCUCGCUGUCAGCUGGCUGCCCUCAGGGCCCAGAGCACGGGCUUCGGACCUCGCCACUGUGGCACAGA